AAAAGGCUCGAUCUUGUUUAAAGCGUUUCGACUAUUAGCGUUGUCAACACCCGGAGAUAGUGCUGCUACGAUCAUGUCGGAGCCGGAGUCCCUGAGGUGCUCCAGUGUCAGAAACCGGGGAGGCGUCCAGAGAGUGGAAGGCAAAUUGAGAGCCAGUGUAGAAAAGGGGGAUUACUAUGAGGCACACCAGAUGUACAGGACUUUGUUUUUUAGGUACAUGUCGCAAGGGAAACAUGCUGAGGCCAGAGAACUGAUGUACAAUGGCGCUCUGCUGUUCUUCAGCUAUAACCAGCAAAAUAGUGCAGCAGAUUUGUCUAUGCUGGUGCUGGAAGUGUUGGAGAAAUCUGAGGCAAAAGUUGAAGAUGAGAUAUUAGAAUGCUUGGCUAAGAUGUUCAGCCUAAUGGAUCAGAACUCCCCGGAGAGAGUAGCAUUUGUGUCCAGAGCAUUAAAAUGGUCCACAGGAGGGUCUGGCAAGUUGGGACACCCAAAACUACACCAGCUACUAGCUGUCACCUUGUGGAAAGAGCAAAACUACAGUGAGUCUCGUUACCACUUUCUUCAUUCAUCUGACGGUGAGGGCUGCGCACAGAUGCUGGUGGAGUAUUCAGCGUCCCGAGGCUUCCGCAGCGAGGUUGACAUGUUUGUGGCGCAGGCCGUCCUACAGUUCCUCUGCUUAAAGAACAAAACCAGCGCUUCUGUGGUGUUCACCACAUACACAGAAAAGCACCCGUCCAUAGAGAAGGGGCCCCCUUUCAUGCAGCCUCUACUAAACUUUAUCUGGUUUCUACUGCUGGCAGUGGAUGGGGGUAAAUUAACAGUUUUCACAGUGUUAUGUGAGCAAUAUCAACCUUCCCUAAAGAGGGACCCCAUGUACAACGAGUAUCUUGACAGAAUAGGGCAGGUAUUCUUCGGUGUUCCACCAAAACAGUCUCCCUCAUAUGGUGGGCUGCUAGGAAACCUGCUAAACAGCCUGAUGGGGUCGGGCGAGGAGGACGACGGGGCAGAAGAAGCGCAGGAGGACAGUAGCCCCAUAGAGCUGGACUGAGCUUACACCUCACGACAAGGAGAGCAAACGAACACAAAGAGAAGACCCCUCCCCGCCCCCCUUUGUCACGUUGACAGCUGGGAUGGGGUGAGGCUCUGGUCUGUGUAUUCAGAGCCAUGCUGUUUUGAGAAACCACAUCCCACCCAUUCAGUUCACAAUCAGAAUAAGCAUCAUCCCUGUCAGCACUGCCUGGACUGACUGCGCCAAACUGUAAACUCUUCCCAUCUUGAUUUAUUGUUAUUAUUAUUAAUUUUUUUUUCCAAUCAUUUCUUUGUUAAUUUGGAACUCUUGCUAUGUGUUUAGAGUUUCUUGUAUUUAAACAGGAGAAGAUGUUCUCCUGCCCACAAAAGCUGCUCCCUGGUGAUGGGCAUGGUUAGUCUCACAGUGGAGAGGGUUACAUCACAGACCCCUCACUGGUGUUGAUUACAUGUUUAAGAGGGUUUGUUGGACUCACUACCUUUUUAUCCAGCUGUUUAUUUUGUUGCCCGGCCACACAGCUUGGUUACACACGUUGGUGUUGGUUUAGGUAACUUAUUCCGUUAAGUCAUGUCUUUCAGGAGUAAUUUGCUUUGCACCUGUGGCUAAGGCCACUCGUUCAUUGUCUUUAAAUGGCCAUUGGUUUUUAUGGACAACAGGUCAUCAGCUCUAACUUAUCAGUGGUUCAUCCAACAUUUUUUGUUCAGUGUCUCCUUAACGGGUUAUUGUUGUGGCUGUCAUUCAGGCUUCUCUAUUCAAAUGAAUUGCAAACGAAGCUGUCUGUACCAUAUACAAAUAGCCCCAGUUUACAGUUAUCAUUGUUUUCAUUUGCUGAACUAUCAGAGAUUUUUCCACCAUCUCCAAGAGAAAUUGUAAACUGAGACCCAGUUUUGGUCUUGUUACAGUUACCAGAGGUUAUACAGGUUCAAGCGAUGAGAUGAUGUUUGCAGCAUUUGGUGUUUUUUUUUUUUUUCAGCAGAAGUUAAGAGUCACUGUGAAAACUUUAUUUGCAUGUUAUGACAUUUCCUACUUGUAUGUUUCUGGUUUUAUUUUGUACAUUUUCUCUUCCUCCUGGAGGUGGAUCAUCACUAUUAGUUCAGCCUGCGCACAAUACGAAUUGUGAUUCAUAGCUGCUGUUUAUCGACGUUAACUCCAUUGACACCACUUAUUUUACCAAAAUUAUGUCCAUUUUUCCAUGUAACGAUAUUUAAUUAGUCCUGAUCUUCUGAGUUUUGAAUUUUUCACCAGACAAUGUUUGAGAAUUACUUUCCAUUAUGAGCUUAAAUUGUCCAUUGAUUAUUAGAAAACCAGACAAAUGAUUAUUUAUGAAUAAAUCAUUUGUGCUGGUUUACCGAAGUGGCAGAAAACCCAGUGAAAUAACCAAUUACGUGAAAAAUCAAAUAUAGAACCAAUUAAUAUUUCAGGACAUUAUUUAAAACUGAACAAGAUGGGAGGUUGUUAUUGCAGUACUUUUGUUUUCAUGAAAAUACAUCAAAACAUUUGUUUUGGUUAAUUUAAAUUUAUUUCAUUAUGACUUAAUAAAUUAACUCUGCCAGUUUUCCAUGA